GUACCUCAUAUGUUUACUCCGUUACUCUGCUCAAUUUUUGCGUUGUUCUCUCCGCGAUACUUGAACAUUUUUCUUCUCGGUGAUAUAAUUUUCUCUCGCGCUCGUUGCGUUCGAUUUAAUUUUGUGCCAUCCGUUUCUUAUAAUAAUUACGGUUUAUGGUUCGAAUUACUUCAUUUUCUCGGCGCACCGUUGACACAAUGAUGGCGUUGAAGGCAAGCUUAUUGGUUUUGCUGUCCAUGUCCAUCGCAUGCUCGGCUAUGCUGCAGAUUCCCAAGGAACUUCCAGAUAUGUUUCCGGCAGGAACUCUGAAGGGCACUCAAAUUAAUGCCGUCUUGGAAAGAAUCAAAGGAGCCUGCCCACCAUUUGGAAACCCGGAUGAGAGAUUUAGCGUAAAAGUACUAGGCACUACGUCGCCGGAGAUAGGUGGAUGUGUCUCCAUGGUACCACCAAAUCGCCACAUUGUACCAUCGUUUAAUUUGUGGCUGGGCAGUCUCAAAUUCGGUGGCGGUGGAGGGUGUGGAGAGAAAAAUAUGGACCAUUACGUGUUUGAAUGUAUGGACAAACAUCCGUUCUUCACAGAGGAAGACAAACUUGAAGGCUGGUAUGUUAUGUUAUUCGACCGGACUGCAAGAUGGACUGGACAUCAAGACUACAGAUGUGCUUUAUACAAAACUGUCAACGAAGACCCACCGACAAUCCAAAUGAUGAUUAGUGCUAAUCAAUCGUGCAAGGGUCUAUCGGAGAGAAUGAAACAAUCCGAGCAUAAGGUUCCUGAAGGGUUCCGACAUUUUACCGAUGGGACGGUAGCACUCCAUUUUACUAAAGACUUGCAACAAACGCCCGUGUGGAGGAAAAAGAGGUCAGAAGUACAGAGCGGUGGAUGCAGGUUUCCAGAGUGGUCUCAAGGGUCAUGGACAGAUUUAAAAGUAGAUGGAAGUCUGGCACUCUAUGAUUCUGCUUUCCACGAGAAAGACGACGUAGACUACGGUCAAGAAAGCGACGAUGGGAAAGACGGAGAUGCAGAAACCACUAGUGGUGAACAAUACAUUCAAAGGUCUCAGCGACAAAAACGAUGUGCAUGGGAUGUAAAGACAACCACGGCACCUCCCCGAGAUAAGAAAUUUGAAAACGCUGCCAAAGAUGGACACACAGAUGGUAUAGAGUUUACAACCAAAAGAGACCCCACUUUUCCACAUAUUCCAUAUAGAGAAAAGAGAUCUUUAGAUGAAGACCUGAAUGAAAAACAUAAGAGCACAGAACACCAAAACGAAAUUAUCUCUCAGAUUAACGUGAUAUUUAAUUGGUUUCAUAAAAUGAAGGCUCUUCAAAAAGUCUCAAAUCAUAGGUCGAACGAGGCCAAGGAAAACACUACAGAUGUGAACAAAAUAACAAAUGAUAUUCAUGUAAUGUUUGAUCUAUUUAAAAAAUUAAAAUAUAUGGGUAAACAGCCUGUUCAUAACGAUGAAGGUACGAACGAACAUGAUAAUUUCAAGGACGACAUAGAGCAUACACAAGACGAUGACCAAUUAUCUAAGCGUAACAGAAAUGUGCCUAUUGAAAACCUCCUCAAAAAGAUAUAUCAAAAGGAACCAUCUUCCAAGUCAAAUAUUUUAUUUUCAACAACGGACCCUGAUCAAAGGUCUCAGCGACAAAAACGAUGUGCAUGGGAUGUAAAGACAACCACGGCACCUCCCCGAGAUAAGAAAUUUGAAAACGCUGCCAAAGAUGGACACACAGAUGGUAUAGAGUUUACAACCAAAAGAGACCCCACUUUUCCACAUAUUCCAUAUAGAGAAAAGAGAUCUUUAGAUGAAGACCUGAAUGAAAAAUAUAAGAGCACAGAAAACGAUGAGGAGGAAGCCCUUAAAAAGAUUAAGGCCUUGGAUCAGUUUAAUAGGUACAUGCGCUGGUUGAAUAUCGUGAACGCUAUGGUAUCGAUCAAAUAUCAUAGAUUUGAGCAAUCUAAUAAAAAAAUUAAAGAAAACGAAUAUGAGAUAUUCCCUGAGGACAAACCAGUACCAUCUCCGGUGAAGUACCUUAAGUUCGCCGAAAUGGCAGGAAUCCCAUACAAACAAGCAUUAAUAAAUUGGCGGAGUAUGGAACGUGCGUAUCGUCAGAAGGAAGCUGAAGUCGCUUUCACUGCCUAUCCUGGCCAAAAUCAUCCAGAUAUCGUUAUGAAAGAUUUCGACCAAACAUUUGAUGGCAUAGAGUAUGAUUUUGAUCCUCUGCAUCCCGAAGGCACUGCUGACGACCCGAUAGCCUACCGUGCCCUUACAUUGCCAAUUGGUUACCAAAUAAAACCCCAACAAUCCCGCCGUACUACGUACGAACAGAAACAGUCACGGGAUGCCCCAGAGUCAGCCACGGUGGUUAGUCACUUUCAAGCUGUCCAUUCUAACUCUUUAAAUGACCGUACACACCAGGAAAAUACCCCAAGUUUAAAUCAACGGAUGAGACGCAGUUCUACACAGCAAAAUCAACAACAGAGUGCAACGACAACAUUUUCAUGGAGUUGUGAAAUGCAAGUUGACGAUGACGAAAAACAUUUUCAACAGCCUCAAAGAGGGGCCAAGUUCCUUACUUAUGGUGGACGUAUUGUGGAAAACAAUGGAUUGCCUGGCAAUGAUCAACAUAACGAAAAUGAUUCAGAAAAGACAUAUGGGUGCUUGUGGUUAGUGCCUAGAGGACCAAACAUUUUAGAAUUUUCCAUAAUAGGAACAGGAAUGCCAUUAAAAAAUCAAAGUAUGCAGAACUUCGCAAGACAAUUGUGCAGCGAAAACAGUGCAAUUGGUAAGGACUCUGGUGUCCGAAAUGAGAAAAAGCUUCGCCCUCGCCGGCCUUGGUGGAUAACCGAAACACGAACCGAUGAGAAAAAACGCGUACCUGUCGGGUGUCCAGUGCCCCCGGGUAUAGAGUUCUACGGCGUUGUCCCAGCUCCACCACCGCCUUCAACGGUAUCCGCAAAUAAGGCACAGCCCACACCAUUGAGACUUUGUGCCAGGUUAGUAUCUUCUGCCGAUGACUGCACGACCGGACAAAUGGGACCAACUGACCAGAUGAAGUAUACUGUGUCUGAAUGCGUUGAACAAGACUCCUCCUCAACUGGGACUGCUCAAACAGUGGUUGCAUCACAAACAAUCUUUGAAGCGUCCAGAGGGCACAUUGUCGGAGGAAGUUGGCGGAGGAAUAAACGCCACUCAGCUCCAACAGAUACAUCGACUGUCGCCUCACCUGUUACAUCUACGUCAUCCAACAUGCCUAUUUUACCAUUUAGUAGUCACAACACUUCAACAGUCGUGACAGACAACAUAACCGACCACCAAACAACUGGGUCGACAGCCACCUUUUCUAUUGCUAUAAAUCAGUCAUCUACGGGAGUUCAACAGUUCAUAGACAUUACUACUAUAGCCCCUACAAAUUUUACAACUUCCACUGCUACUCCCUUCUCAACAGCUACAUCAUCGACAUUGCCAUUAUUCUCGCUACAUGAGACGAAUUCUCCCGAACAGCAACUACCGUCACCCUCAAAAUCGUCUACCACUGCUACUACUCCUACUUCCACGGCUGCUGUUCUUGAUACCUCAUCCUUCCACCCAGUUACCGACCAUCACUACCGCCAACAGCAACAGUGGCAGCAAUCACACCUACAACCAAAUAAUGACGAUUAUUAUUACCGAGGACGGCAACAACAUUACCCCCCACCACCACCUGACAGCACCAGUACGGAUAAUAAUUACUACUAUCUUCAUCAACAACAUUGGCCACAGCAACAGACACAAUCGUAUUGGUUACCACAACAACAUCCUAUUACCGCCAAGGACUAUAGUAAUGGUUAUCAGCAUCAGACAAUAGAUAGUGGAGGACACAGGACAGGUGACUAUUACUAUCAUCAGCAACAGCAAAAUUACCAUAACCAUCAACACAACAAUAAUCGACAUCAACAAAUGCCACAGCCACCACGUAACUCUUCACUUAUGCUUCAACAUCCAACCAGUGGUAGUUGGAACAUUCGCGGCGACCGACCAUUGUACAUAAGUAGUGGUGGAGGAGGCGAUAACAACAGAGACGCACUAGCUCCUUGGAACAGCUCUUCUAGUAUUAGUAGUAGUAAUGGUGGUUGGACGACAGCAGCACAACAGCACUGGUGGUACCAGCAACAGCAGCAACGAUGGCAAGAAGAACAACAACAACAACAGCAACAAUUGCAGCAGCAGAAACGUCAGCAACAAAACAAUCGGGGCCUGAGUGGAAUUUUGUCACUGCCACCCGUACCACUGCCACCACUGCAUGCGGAGCAAGGUGCCGUUACAGUUUCGAUGCCAACCCCAUUGCCACUACAUCCGCGUCGAUCACAGAAACCUUCAAAUCACUAUUACCUGCCAACACUGACUACCAAGACCUCUUCUCAGCCUUACCAAUUGCGGCCUAAGUCUGAGAGCCGAUAUUAUCAAGAACGAGAGUACCAAUGUCUCGGCCAAUGGACCGAACCACAGCAACAGAUCAGCCCGGUGGCUGGUGAAAAAUCAGUUAUGUUGACAUAUACGUAUUUAAAGCGUUUAAAUCCAAUCACCAAAGAAGGGGCUCAGUAUGAAUGUUUCGUUGGAACUCCAAUACCCAACGACGAAGGUCUUAAUCCUGAAACUACUACCACAAUAUUGUUAACGGAAGCAGGAACAAAUACUAAGUGUAGUCGGCUAUCUGAUCCAUACCGCUCUGGCAUGAAGUUAGUCGGAACCAAAAUUAAGAAACAAGGCGCAUGUAAAGGAUAUGCACAACCAGCACAGGACACUGCUAGUGGCUCAUGGUACUCCCUUAAACCCCAGCCAAUUUCUCCAUCCAUUCCCGGUACUGAAAACGGAGGAGGAGCGUGGUACGCUGCGCCCCCCAUUCCCGUUGUCGCUCAAGGUCCAACCACUAUGAUGCCUAUCCUCACAGGCAGACACACGGGCGGUAAUGGAGCUACAUUUACAUCACGUCAGAACGAACAAACUCGUCGUACACAGUCAGCCAAUCCACCUCCUAAAACCAACAAUAGCAUCCGCAUCGUAGUUGACAAGAGAAUCUUCAUACUUCUAGCGGUUAUUCUGUUUGCUGGGCCACUGCAUAACGUAGCCCCUCGCUUUUUUAAUUAAAUUAGCUGAUCAAACUCAAACAAAAUAUAUGUACAAUCAUUUAUAAUAAUAUCAGUAAAAUCUCAAACAAGGUUAAUGCCUAAUCUAAGCCUGGCUCAAGGGAAAGAUGGAGUUAAUUCAGUCCCUUAACAUAUAUCUAUACUCAUAAGCGAUGAAAUAACAGUUUUUCCAAGACACUAUGAUACCUAAUGUUUUGAACAAAUGUUUGAUUGGCUUACCGACUAUAUUUUAUUCAAAAUGAAAUCAGUACCAACCG